CACGCCCACUUCCGGUAAAGCCCCGCCCACGCACCCCCAGGCGCAUAGAGUCGGGGGGCGGGGCCAGAGCGGCCACGGGCAAGAUGGCGGCGGCCAGGCUCCGCUCCCUGCGCCGGCAGCUGGCGGUGCCAGUGAUCCCCUGGCGUGGGUACCGCGGGGAUUCCCCCUCGGAUUCCGGGAAGGACGUGCUGGAGAUCCCGCUGCCCCCCUGGCAGGAGCGUCCCGAGGAGCCCCUGGACACCAAGAGGGCCCGGCUGCUCUACGAGAGCAGGAAGAGGGGGAUGCUGGAAAACUGCAUCCUGCUCAGCCUCUUUGCCAAGGAAAACUUGGGCAGGAUGAGCGAGGAGCAGCUGAACCGCUACGACCGGCUCAUCAACGAGCCCAGUAACGACUGGGACAUCUAUUACUGGGCAACUGAAGCCAAGCCGGCCCCGGCGGAAUUCGAGCACGACGUGCUGGACAUGCUGCGGGAAUUCGCCAAGAACAGGAACAGGGAGCAGCGGCUGCGGCAGCCGGACCUGGAAUACCUGUUUGAGCCCCCGCCCUGACCCCUCCAGGGACACGGGCAUCUGUGGAAUCGCUGCCCACCUUCCCUGUGGUUCUCCUCCUCUCCCGGCGGCCUCUGGACACUGUGGAAUGCUGGAAUGCUGAAUAAAGCCGGGGCUGCUGGCCCUGCUUCCCUAC